CUCGGCUCCACCACGUUAUAUCUUACGACUCAUACUGUCACUAGACCGAUCUUCCAACUAUCUACACAUAGACUCACAUAAAACAACUCAAUCCCACAAUGCUGGGUACCGCAGCCCGGCACACCAGCCGAUCCCUCACCCACAACCGCCACCACCUCACACGGCAACCCUUCUCAACACGCCUCCUCCAAAGACCUCAAUCCGCACCACGGCAAGCCCUCUUCCAAAACAUCAAAACCGCCCAGUCAAUCCGCCCCAUCUCACAGACCACCCACCGCUGGAAGCGCGGCUUCCGCGAAGCCUCCAAAGGCAUCUGGCGCAAGAACCCCAUCCUCCUCCCGCUAGCGCUCUUCUCCCUCGCCGGCGCAACAGCCCUGUUCACCUACGUCGCCUAUGUCGAGUACACGACCGUCGGGCCCCAAUACGUGCGGUUCCCGCCGCCGGUGGCGGACGCCCUGCGCACGGGCGUCUACUACACCGAGGUGGACAUAAACCCGCCUAGGGCGCUCCAGGCUUACAAGGAUGCGCUGCGCAUGGCCCUCGAAAUGGGCAUGCACCCUUACUCGGAUGAGGUGCUGGGCAUCAAGUUCCAGACGGCAGCGAUGUUGGAAAAGGCCGGGCUGAUCAAGCCUGCGAUUGAGGUGCUGGAGCGCGUCAAGAGGGAGAUCCUCGAGUGGGUGGAAAUGGGACAUGCGAUUGCGGGAACAGGCGGCGGCGUUUUCGGCGUGGGCUUGACUGGGGAAGAUAGCAAGGCUGUCACUGCGCGGCAGCAGCAGCAGCGGCGACAGCAGCAACUAAAGGAGCCGGGCAAAGAAUCAAAGUUAGAGAUCAGCGGCGACGCCUCGCAGAACGUGGAGGAUCUGCUCAAGAUCGAAGCCCACGAGAGCGCCCUGCGCGACAAGGCCUUCAAAAAGGCCGUCGGCAUCUGCAUGAAGCUCGGCGAACUCUACGCCAGCGACUACAUCCAAGACGACAAGGCAGCCGAGGCGUCCCAAGAAGCCGCCGUCGAGCUGUGCCUGAAGGAGCUGCAGCGCCGCCAACACCUGGGUCUCCCCAUCGGCCGCAGCGGCCGCCCUACAUUCUCUGUCAUGCGACAAGCCCCGGCGAACAACAACAACAACGACGACGACUCCGUCGACAACGACCUCGACGACAACCACAUGGACCCCUGGCUCAACCUCGCCGAGAUCGCAGCCGCGCUCACCCAACUCGCAGACACCUACAACGAGCGCGAGCAGUACGAGCUCGCACUCCCGCUCUACGUGCGCGCCCUAGAAGUCCUCCGCACAGACGAGCGCGACGAAAAGACCAACAAAGACUACCCCUCAUGCCGACAGGCCGUCCUCCUCAACGACAUCGGCGGGACCCUCGCCCACCAAGCCCAGCGAAAGGCCCCCACCGCCACCGCCCAAGCAGCCAUCACCAAAGCCUUCCGCACCGCGACGAAGGACAGCGAGACCGAGGACGCAGAUAUCACCCAACGCCGCGCGUUCCUCGCGCGGGGGAUCAAGUUCCUGCGCAGCGCGCGCGACCUCUCGCAGCGGGUCCAGCCGCCGCUGCGCGACGAGGAAUGCGACCUGUCGUGCUUGUUCGCGACGCUCAAUCUGGGCGAGUUGGCGGGUGUGCAGGGUCAGCGCGAGGAGGCGCUCGCGCUGUUCCGCGAGACGGUGGAGAUGGCGAAGAAGAUGGGAUAUCCUGAUGUGGAGAAGAUCGCGGAGGAGGGCAUGGAGAGGGCGCAACGUUUGGAGUAGUUCUUCCCUUCGCUUCUCCGUCGUUUUUUUUUUAUAUCUUUUUACCCUUCUUUUUCUUGUGUUUCGUAGAGGGUUUGUGAGGGAUAUUUGAUGUAGAAUAUAUAUAUGUAUUUGUUUUCUCC